UACCGUAUUUCAAUUAGAGCAUGUAGAAACGGAAAUAAAAUGUUGAAGGAAUGAUUCCCUAACGACCACUAACCGCCGUUUAUCAGAGAGAAGUAUGGAAGGUGGGGAGAAGUGGGCACAGCUUGUAUGCACUACUGAUUUGGAUUCAGAACCGAUUUUCAUCGAUAAAAACUCAUUUUGUAUUGGACGGGCCAAAGGAUGUGAUAUCAGCCUGGCAUCAAACAAGAUGGUAUCUGGCAAACACUGUGCUAUAUACAGAGACAAAAAUGGCAUUGUCUCACUGAAGGAUACCAGUACAAAUGGCACCCUAUUGAACAUGAAAGAGAGAAUAUGUAAAAGAAGCCAUCUAUUGGAGCAUGGAGAUGAAAUCCAUAUUGUGUUCAGGAGAGACAGUCCAGAAACGAAUGUAGCCUAUAUAUUUCAAGACCUUGUAAAAUUGGAGCAAGAGAUGCAAGAUGCCACACAGGAGUAUAGUUCUGAUGCAGAGAUUGAUGGGACCUUAGAGUAUACAGAUCCAGUGGAAUUUACUGAGGACCCUCCAAGCAAGAAACAAAAGCUGGAUAAUACAAAACAACAGAACAAAAUUGGUGAAUCAACAAAACAGACUUUAGAAAAAGUCAAAAAUCAGAGUUCAGAGGCUGAAAAUUGCACAAACAAAGACAUUGAUACUAUAAAAACUACAGGGAUUAAACAAGAUGUAUCCAUCCAAAAAUCAACUGACACGAAUAUGAAGGAACUUGAGAAAGGCAAAGAAAAUGCUAAAAAUAAGAAUGUAGAUGCAGAAAUAAGUAAGAAAGCUGAGGGGGCAAAACCUGAUGCUAUUGAGGAAACAUUGCUAUGUAUAAUUUGUCAGGAGAUCAUGCAUGAUUGUAUUAGUCUGCAGCCAUGUAUGCAUUCUUUCUGCGCUGGAUGCUACUCUGAUUGGAUGGAAAGAUCAAAUGAGUGUCCUUCUUGUCGUCUAAAGGUGGAUCGUAUUAACAAAAAUCACAUCGUUAACAACCUCGUGGAUGCUUACCUUGGAGAACACCCUGAUAGGAAAAGACCAGAGGAGGAUAUUAAAGAACUUGAUGCAAAGAACAAAAUCACAAAAGAUAUGUUGUAUCCAAAGAAGAAAAGAAAUCGGGAUGAUUCUGAAAGUGAUGAAUAUAGUGAUGACAAUGAUGAUGAUGAUGAGAAUAGUGAUGACAAUAAUGAUGGUGUUGUAGCAUUUGGGAGAGGCUUCGCACCUCCUCCUUUUCCUCCAGGACUUGGAGGCUUUGGACUUGGAUUGCCACAAGUUUUUACACCUGCCCAGCCAUUCCAACAUUACCAACCUCCUAAAACUGUAUGCAGACAGUGUAAGGAGUAUACAGGUCCCCAUAAAGCAGGGGCCACCAACAACAUUGACCCAUCACCAUCAGAGCCAUCAUCAAGCAUAAAUCAACCAGGUACCUUAAAUACUAACACAGGGGCUACAAAUUCUAAAUCAGGGGUUGCUGAUUCUACAUCUGGGGUUACACAUUCUAAAUCAGGGGCAACAGGUGAAGGUUCAAGUAGGGAAGCUGGAGCAUGUAACACUGAACCUUCAACAUCUGCAGAUCCAGGGCAGUCCACAAGUGGGACACAAAACAAAGUUAGAGAAUAUCCAGACUUUGUGUGUCCUAAGAAUCAAGAUCACUGUCUAUGCCAGUGUUGCCUCCAGCCGUUUCCAGACAGAAGAAACGAAAGAGCUAGAAAUCCUGAUGCUGUGCCGCUUACGCAGUGUCCUUUAUGCUGGAAGAUUUACUGCCACAACUACUGGGGCUGUAAGAGAGCUGGGUGUAGAGGUUGUAUGGCUAGAUUUAAAGAUUUUGAUUUUGGGGAGAAUGAUAUGAAUACAAUACUGCUGCAGAAUACAUAUGAAUCAACAAUUCUUAAGGACUAUUUGAAAGAGAAGAAAUUAACCAUCAAGCAGGUUCUUGAUGAAUGUUGCACUAAACUCGAUAGCAAAGCAUGGGCGUCUACAGAUUUCCCUCUGAAGCUGAAGGACUCUAAUGCUGUUUUAUGCUAUGGCUGUGCCUUGAAGAAUUUUAAAGAUUUAGUCUACAACUAUCGUAAAAAUAUUCCAAAUGGUGAACUUCCAGCCACUGUCACAGCUAGGGCUGACUGUCAUUGGGGCAAGAGUUGUAGAACACAGAGACACAAGCCACACCAUGCUGCCAACCUAAACCAUAUUUGCGAACAGACACGGUUCUGAAACAAUGACAAUGGAAUGAAGACAGACUGCUGAACUGUUACGGAAUAGACCCGGAAACAAUGCCCUGCUUGUUGAAUGAAUUUAUAUGAUAGGUUAAUUCAAGUCAGUUGUUUUAAUCCUGAUCAGAUUUUAGCUGAAUACAGUCAGUUAUGGACAAUCUGGGUCAUCAUGUGAUAUGCCCAUAUUUGGCAAAUUCAUUGACUGUCAAAUGUAAUAUAUGGGCUCCAGUUUUAUAUUGUGGUAUAUAUCUAAGAGCUGUCCUGCCACGAUUGCAUAAUGAAUGUGAAGUCGAACAGUGUUGGAAAAGAGUGGUUUAGCAUCAUA